GUGUGCUCGCCUUUUCACGCCCGAAUAUCCCCUUCCCGAAGGUUGGCAUAUGCAUGUUCAAGUUCUGAGUUUGUAUCAGAUGUCGGAAAAAUUGUGAAUUCAUGGACGAAACUCAGCCCCAGGCGACCCGCCAAAGCGGCAUCCCUCGACCCUCCCGCCUCCCUCAGCCCAGGUCGACGGCAUCAUCUUCUACAACAUCCUCCUCGAUACCUAGGACGACGUCUCUUCGACAUGCUCCUUCUAGGGAUGGCAUCUCUGGGUCCCUUCCGCGGCAACGCCUCCGGACCACACCGUCACGAGACCAAUUGGCCAGACCGACUGUGCACACCUCCACAACCUCCACACCCUCAACAAUCUCAACCAGCAAUGUGCCCAGCGCCUCGAGCUUGAGAAGGGAUGGACCGAACGUGGCUACCGCUAGAUCGAGCUCCUUAGGACCGACGAGCAAGACCUUUUCCUCUUCCACUUCCUUCCGCAAGCCGUCUCUAUCGAUGGCUGGUCCUACCUCUAAUCCCACUACAUGCACCGAUCCCGAUACCGAGCAGCACAAGGGGCCCUCCCAGCGAUCAGCUUCCAUACCCAUGCGUCCGUCUGUAGCUACAGGAGUGGCUCCACUUCUCGCCACAGGACCCGUAUCAUCGGCUACCAGCGUCUCUAGCCAGUCUCCCAUCGAGUUCCAGCCUCUUCCCAGUACCGCCGAGAUCGAUGUGGCACACGAUACGCUUCCUGCUCGACCUGCCAAGUCCCGACCUUCGCUCGCCGAACGCACUAUAGAAACACUCUCCCAGUUACCGUCUUCUCCCGCAUUGUCCAAGAAAAGUUCGUCAUUUUUUGAUCCCGACGGUUCAAGACGACCCAGGUCGCGUGCCGAGAGCAACGCAUCCCGACCGGGCUCGAGUUAUGCAUCCGAUGCGUCAUCGUUUAUGCGACCGGCCUCCCGUGGUCGAAGCCGUCCUGGCUCGAGUUCAGGUCCGGAUGACGGUGUAUCUGCCUUCCGAGCAUCUACCAAUACCUUUCGGCGUCCAAUGGCCACAAUAGAGGGCACGCCUUCGCGGCGGACGUCAGGAAUUGCGUCUCUCCGGACGCCCUCGGUCAAAGCCGGCCCCCGCCCUGCCACCGCCAGUUCCACCAGGUUUUCCGCCUCCACCACAAGACGGGACGAUACUCGAAGCCCUAGUCCGGCGACGGUCAUGCGACCUAGCGGGAUCGCGACCCCGUCCAAGGUCGUGUCGGCCACCGUGGGCGCUCGGACUUCGAGGGCCAGGGGUUCUGUGAACGGACUGUUCAAGAAGCGGUCUCUCCCUUCCAUCGACCGCGCUGCCGCCCAGUCUCCGACAACACAGUCAUCCUUGAAAGUCGUAUCCAGGCCCCGGACAGCAGCUCCACCAAGGCGUCUCAAGAAUGCCCGGACGCCUGCGAAAAAAACCCCAAUUAAGAAACCGACCGAAGAAGCAGCAGAAGCCCCAGAAACCCCCAGCCUCAAAUCGUCAGCAGCGCUGCGGGAUCAGAUUGCCAAGGCAAAAGCAGCGAAACGUGCUGCCGUCCGGCAACUGUCUAAUGCCCCACAACUAGAACUAGACUCGGAUUCGACCUUGCCUGUACAAGAAGAAGACCGUUGGCAGCCGCCCAAGUCCCCCAUUGUCCCCUCGGACCAUAGCUUCGACUUUGGAUUGCCGGUUGCCGUGACCGACGAUCCGUUUAACAUAAAGAGAAGCGAGAAGGCGACGGACAAGAUCCUUCGCCAGCGGCUCGCCGACGCGCGUACCUCGGGGCGGUUGAACAUAGCCACCCUGGGUUUCAAGGCCGUCCCACUGGAUGUGCUGAAGAUGUACGAUGCCGAGACGACGGGCACGUACGAUGGGAGCUGGGCCGAGAGCGUCGAUGUGACCAAGUUUGUGGCGGCAGACAACGAGUUUGAGGAGAUAGACGAUGCCAUCUUCCCGGACGUGACGCCCGAGGAGCUGGGCGCGGAUGAGGACGGCAAUGGCAACAUCUUUGCUGGGCUGGAAACGCUAGACUUGCACGGCAAUAUGCUCAUCUCUCUCCCCGUGGGCUUGAGACAACUCCGCCUACUCACGUCUCUUAAUCUGUCCUCCAAUCGCUUAGCCAACAACUGCCUAGAAGUCAUCUCCCAGAUUUCGUCUCUUCGCGACCUGAAGCUACCCACUAACCUCCUCUACGGACCGCUCGAUCCUUGCAUUUCCAAUCUGCGGCAUCUCGAAAUCCUCGACCUUCACGGUAACAACUUGUCGUCCCUCCCGGUCAACAUUGGGAACCUAGAGCGCCUCCGCAUCCUGAACAUCAGCGACAACAGCGUCGAGUGCCUGCCCUUCUCCAGUCUAUCCAAGAUGCCUCUUUUCGAAUUAUGGGCGAAGAACAAUAAGCUGACGGGCACGCUCAUCGAGGAAGGCGUGCGAGUUCUCCCCAAUCUUCAGUCACUGGACGUGUCGUGCAACCAAAUCACCCAUCUCGUCGCCCCUGGGUCGGCGGUUGACUUCCCUGCCCUCUACCAACUCUUCCUCUCCAUGAAUAGGCUGCAGGCUCUCCCGGACGCUAGCUCCUGGACGAAUCUGGUGACACUGACGGCGGACGAGAACAGCAUCUCGUCGUUUCCAGAUGGACUAUUCAGUCUCGAGAAGCUAAGACACAUCGACGUCUCGUCCAACGACAUCAAGGCGGUGCCGCCCGAGAUUGCGAGGAUGGAUAGCCUCUCUAUGAUCCGGCUGAGCGGCAACCCCCUGCGUGAGAAGAAGCUGGUGUCUGCCACGACGGAAGAGCUGAAGGAUAUCCUGUCCGCCCGGUUGGAGCCGCCACCCCCUUACUGCGACGUGACGACGACGACUUCUCAGGCAAUUGCCCCCGAACUGGUCCGAGAUGUGAAGGUGGCGGGCGAACCGGCUCGGGGGUCGACGGAAAACAAGCCACAGGAGAGUGCACGGGAUGAGGGGGAUAUUCCCGAAGACAGAAACACGCCCACUCCCACGCCCAGCCCCACUCCUACUUCUACGGCUAUGGCGACUGCUGAUGAUGCCGAUGACGCCGAACAGGACAGUAGGUCGGACAUGGACGACUUUGCCACGCCUCCAACGUCGGCACCGCACACUCCCGCGCGGUCCCGUUCGCACACCGUGUCGAGCCAGACGUGGCCGGUCAAAGUGGGUGGCCUAUUGGACCGAUCCAACACGGGCUCGGCGUCGCUACACCCCGUGGUGUGCUCAAAGGUGGCGGCGGCUACCAAGGUGUACGAGGUGCAGUUGCACCACAACCUCUUCACGGCGAUACCCGAUUCCCUGUCCUUCUUCGCCGAGACGUUGUCGGCGCUCUCGCUGGCGCACAACAAGCUGGUGGGCGAGACGUACCUGACGGAAGAGCUCGAGCUGCCGGCGCUCCGCGAGCUGAACCUGAUGGGCAACCACAUCACCAGCCUGACGCCGCUGACGACGCACCUGCGGUCCCCUCGCCUGGAAAAGCUGGACGUGUCGGUGAACCGCAUCACGGGACUCCCCGGCGACCUGCGGACGGCGUUCCCGCAGCUCGUGGUUCUUUUGGCGGCGAAUAACCACAUCAUGGACCUCGACCCCGACACGAUCAAAGGCUUGCAAGUCGUCGACGUGGGGAGCAACGAUAUUACGCACUUGAACCCCAAGUUGGGGCUCCUUGGCGGCAGCGGCGGGCUGAAAAGGCUCGAGGUGGCGGGGAACAGGUUCAGGGUUCCGCGGUGGAGUGUUCUUGAGCGGGGGACGGAUGCCACGUUGCGGUGGCUUAGGGGUCGUGUGCCCGUGGCGGAGAUGGCGAGCUGGAAGGAGAACCAGGCGGAGAGUGGUGGGUAUUCCGACUCGGACGUGGAUUGAGCGUUGGGGGUGAAAGAAGAGCCGUUCGAUGAGAUGUGAUGGGGGCUUUGGUUUUCAUGCCCCCUCCUCCCCUUUUUUGGGUUUUUUUGGUCUUUUUCUUCCUUUUCUUCUCUUCACUUCCGGCUUUCCACUGACCACCGCAUUGUCUCGAGGCAAAGAUGAUGUUUAUAUCCGUAUACUUAUACCCUUUUGCGACUAGACCUGGGCGAUGAUGGCCCACGGCUAAUGGAUUUUUUCUUCUUUUUUUUUUCUUCACCUUCUCGCGACAGGGGCUUGAUAUCCCAUACUAAUCAUGUCUCAAAAUUACAUAAUUAAUGGAGUGGGUUUAAUGGGGC